AUACGAAGUGGACAGAGACUUGAGGAGGCGGACCAAAUUUCCUCGAGUUAUCCGGGAAAUUGACUUUUUCUCGGUCACACUUGUCCUAUAUAUCUACGUCUUCACAUUGGGCGAAUCGUUAAGAAGGAUUUAUGAUUUCCACGAAAGAAACCUAUAAGUCACUUUCCUCUUCGCCCUUCGCAUUGUUUUUUUUAAGGAUUUUUGUGUCUUAAUUUAUACGAAAAAACAAUAUUGUGAGCGUCAUUGAUUUGUGGGUCUUUGUUGAAAGAUCGGAGAAGGAGGAGUGGUGUGGUGGGUUUGAUGAAAGAUGAAGUUUUGCAAGCAAUACCAGGAGUACAUGCAAGGGCAGGAGAAGAAGUUACCUGUGCUUGGAUUCAAGAAGCUCAAAAAGAUAUUGAAGAAGUGCAGGAGGGAUUUCCAGUCGCAGGAAGAUCAUGAGCGAUGCCACGAUGUCCAAUCUUGCCCUCAACAUUGUCCAGUGUGUGAUGGGACCUUCUUCCCUUAUCUUCUCAAUGAGAUGUCUGAAGUGGUUGGCUGCUUCAAUGAGCGUGCAAGAAAACUUCUUGAGCUGCAUCUGGCCUCUGGGUUUCGAAAAUACUUCAUAUGGUUCAAAGGCAAGCUAAGAGGGAACCAUGGUGCCUUGAUUCAAGAAGGCAAGGAUUUGGUUACCUAUGCAGUGAUCAAUGCCAUUGCCAUUCGAAAAAUACUAAAGAAAUAUGAUAAGGUUCAUUACUCCAAGCAAGGGCAAGCCUUCAAGUCACAUGUUCAGAGUAUGCACAUUGAGAUUCUUCAGUCUCCAUGGCUUUGUGAACUAAUGGCUUUCCACAUCAAUCUAAGAAACUCUAAAGUCAAUUCAAGGGUGCCUCCUGCUCUGUUUGAUGGGUGUUUGCUCACAUUCAAUGAUGGCAAACCAUCACUCUCCUGUGAGCUCUUUGAUUCUAUCAAGAUCGAUAUUGAUUUAACUUGCUCAAUAUGCUUGGAUACUGUUUUUGAUCCAGUUUCUCUCACAUGUGGCCAUAUAUUCUGCUACAUGUGUGCUUGCUCUGCUUCAUCAGUGACCAUUGUUGACGGACUAAAGGCAGCGAAGCCUAAAGAAAAAUGCCCUCUAUGUAGGGAGGCAGGAGUUUAUGACGGUGCCGUACAUUUGGAAGAACUCAACAUUUUAUUAAGCAGAAGCUGCCCAGAAUAUUGGGAGCAAAGGCUUCAGAUGGAAAGGGUAGAGAGGCUUCAGCAGGCAAAGGAGCAUUGGGAAUCCCAGUGCCGGGCAUUCAUGGGUGUAUAAUCUGGGAAAAACUCGCUUAUCUAGUGUUAGUUAAGGUUUUUUUAACCUGAGGAUCUUCCAGUCUAAUUGUAUUUUCAGAUGUUUUUGUCAAAUAAUCCUUUCUUGGAAAAUUCCAUGUACAUAUCUUUUUUGUUGCAUAAAUACUACAACCAGUUGCUUGUGUAGUUAGAAAACCUUAUGAUUCUCACUUUAUUGGAUUAAUGUGGUUUUGUUGGUACA